CGCGCGGUGGCUGCCGCCCGAGCCACGUGUGCCCGCGCCACGCGGGCGUGCGGGGAAGCGCGGCCACGCCUGGCCGGGCCACCAUUUCGCGGGCGCCGCGGCGUGGUGGACUCGCCGGCAGCGGCCCCUGAGCCCACCCGGCCCGCGGUGCCGCGCAGGCAGCAUGAGCGGUGGCUCGGAGCGCGGGGCAGCCGCGGCCCCGGCCCCGGGAUCGGUGCCUGCACCCUGCGCCUCGAAGGUGGAGCUGCGGCUCAGCUGCCGGCACCUGCUGGACCGGGACCCGCUGACCAAGUCCGACCCCAGCGUGGUGCUGCUGCAACAAGCGCAGAGCCAGUGGGUGCAGAUGGGCAGAACCGAGGUGGUCCGCAGCAGCCUGCAUCCCGUGUUCUCCACGGUCUUCACUGUCGACUACUAUUUUGAGGAGGUGCAGAGACUGCGCUUCGAGGUGUACGACUCCCACGGGCCCAGCGGCCUCGGCUCUCAGGAUGACUUCCUGGGGGGCAUGGAGUGCACCUUGGGGCAGAUUGUGGCCCAGAAGAAGGUGACCCGUCCGCUGCUGCUGAAGUUUGGCAGGAAUGCGGGCAAGUCGUCCAUCACGGUGGUGGCCGAGGACAUCUCUGGGAACAACGGCUAUGUGGAACUCUCCUUCCAAGCCAGGAAGCUGGACGACAAGGACCUCUUCAGCAAGUCCGACCCCUUCCUGGAGCUGUACCGGGUCAACGCGGACAAGAGCGAGCAGCUGGUGUACAGGACGGAGGAAGUAGCCCCUCACCAGAACCACAGCUUCAUCUCCAGCUCUCCAACUGUGGAAAGACGCCUGUCCACGGUGCUCUAUCACAGCAACUCACAGUACGGAAGACAGAAGUUCCGGUACCGGGAGUUUUUCUAG